AUGGAACAGAACAUCAUCCAGGAUCCAACAAUAGAGGUCAAUCCUUCCGACCCCUCUGAAUGCAUAUUGGGUGGUGAUACUACGCACGAAUCUCCCACUUAUCCUCAGUUACUCACUCCCACAAACGAUGAUCGCUCGUAUUCUCUUUCGGCAGAAGGUCACGAGGCUGACCAACAAGAUGGCUUCUACGCAGACUACAGGUCAAAGGCGGAUGCCACAAGCCCUUACAAGAAGGUGGGAUUUGCAUCAAGGCUUUCUUCUCUGGGUUUGAUCCUGGAAAGCUCAAGACGCUUAUCCUUCCUGGCGACGACGCCCACAUCAAAAACUACCAUCUCUCUAAAACUGGUGGCAAAUUCACAGAUACAGUCGCUUCUUGAUCUGUUCUUUGCGGACAUCGAUCUGGUGCUGCCAAUGAUGGAGCGACCACACAUGACGGAGCGCAUAUCCAGUCUUCUGAGUGACCUAGGUCUUCCGGAGGCAGAAGACUAUGUGGUGCAUGUGAGCAUGGAAAAAUGUCCGUUGGCAGCACUGCUCUGUGCUAUCUUAGCUACGGCCGAGAGCUUGGCUUCUGAUUCAGUUUGGAGUCCCCAAGGCAAAAUCUCUGGUUGGGCAUGGUAUGUCCAAAUGCAGACAUUGCUGCAGCAUUUCGCGAAACAGGAUCAACCGGACAUGGACGUUUUGAGCUGCUUCACGCUAAGUUCCUUCUACUUGUUGACACUUGGAAAGUUUCGUGAGGCAUCAGAAGCCAUAGGCUUAGCCUCGCAGUUGGCAAUCGCCUCCCAGCUCAAUGUGCAAGACGCACUGCUUUACACCAAGCAUGCAGAUGCGCGGCAUUACAAGCGGCUAUGGUGGUCAAUCUAUGUAAUGGACCAACAGAUUAGUCGGAUUGGCGGCACGCCAUAUUGGAUUCGCGAUCAAGUGACUGCUGUCGACGAUGUGCUAACGCCUGAUCGCGAUGCUUCAAACCUCCAAAACCCCGGGGUCAGCGCUGCCACCAAUACCGUUCUCGACUACCUUCAGGUCCUUGUACAUCUCGCCAGGAUCGGGAGGGAAAUAUGGGACCAGCAAAUCUCUAUCCGGCAGAAUACAACGCGCGAUAGAGUGGCGGCCGCAAAGAUCGACUCACAGCUUCUACGACUGAGCUCUAGCCUACCAUCUCACCUUGCAUGGCGCAAAAUGGGCGUGAGAGGUGACGACGGAAUCGGAUCCCGGCAUGCUAUUUGGCAACGGCUGAUCAUCUCGAAUAAAAUCAAUUCUCUCCGAUUACUUCUCAGACAUGAUUCGCUACGCCCAACUGAGGACCAUGACUCGAUGCUCAUUUGCCAGCACCUUGCGAGAACGAGCAUUUCCGACAUUGCCGCUGUCAUGGACAGUGCAGAGGCUACGCCACGAUCUGUGGGCCUUCACUUGUCCACCUCGCUGACUGAUUUUCUGUGGCACUUACUUGCUCCAGCACAGACUCAGACGUACUUGGACCACGGCGAUGAGACUGCUGAAUACUUCCGUACAGCCUGUUGUAUCCUGGAGGAUCUGUCACAGACUGAUGUCACGGCCCGACGAGCUGUUGCGGCUUUCCAAAAUCUGCCGUUACGCGGCAGCGACACAGUUUCAACAGUGGAACAUGGUUUGAGAAGUACCGUGCGCGACGUGCGAACACAAGAUCCCGUCGCUGCCUUGGAUUCUGGCACCACCAACUUAGGAGAGCAGUCUAUGGGCCGGGAUCCCUUUCCAAUCGCCGGUAGGUGGGCGAGCUCCAGGUAUCCCCCUCUUGAUGUGCAGGCAGGUUUCUCUGGGUCGGGCUCAGACGGGACCGUGCCAGCGCGGAGAAAUACACUCGAUGCUCACGGCGACGUGGCGCAUGGUGGUUCCUCAGCAGAGGAGCAAACAGGCAAUCUAUCUCCUCCGGUGAGAACUCACGCUGUCGAUGACUUGUCGAAGACGUACGGUGAUUUGGACCUUUAUUGGAGGACGACAUUGUGA